UGAUAUACGCGAGAUGUGACGAUGGCCAGGUUCCCGAGAGAGCCAAGACAAAGAUGAAAGUGGCUGGAAAUAAGACUCAACGAUAUGCCUCAACAGUCAUCAUUUCUAAGCAUUCGGGUAGCGGAUACGAAGGCCCAGACAGGCUCUCAAGAACCCAAAUGUCGGGAUUCAAGAAAGCAAAGUGUAAAGAUCACUGGAAUACGAAGAAACACGCAGGAACGGCGCAAGCUGCGUGGGUCUUUGUCUUGUCUUGUCCUGAUGCGAGGUACAGCACACAGGUACCAGUACCUGAAAGACGGGACAAGGGUACAAGAUACUGGGAUGUGUUGGUAUCGUUUGUCAAUCCGAUAGAUCCAAACUUCAAUUGCAACGUGCUAUGCAGGGUAUUCAAUUGGCAGCUGCCGUACGUACAGUACAGCAUUGUAAAAGCAACAUUGCUUUGUCGAAUUGGGGGGGGGGGGGGGGGGAGGGAGGGAGCCAGCGAGUCGAAGGGACAGAAGAGGGAGAACAAAAACUGCACCGGGUGGUUUUGUGAGACAACUCUACAACCUAGAGCUAGUCUAUUAAAUGCUGGAAAGCAACAGCAAGGGCCCGAUCGCAUGGCGGCGAACGAGAUCUUCGGACAGGGCGAGACGAUGCCCUUGUGCUUGUGCUUGUAUCUAUAG